AUGAGUUGUAAUUUUAUUGCAUUAGACAUCCAUAAGAAGUUAUGUGAGGAUCACACUACCCCAGUUAAGCAUCUUAGAUCUAUGAUAGAGACAAAAUAUAAUGGUCAUAAGCCUUCUUACAAUAAGGUAUGGGAUGCGAAACAAAAGGCGAUUGCGAAGAUGUUUGGGAAUUGGGAAAAGUCUUACCAAAGGUUGCAAAAGUUGCUAAUGGCAUAUAUUGAUCAGGACCUGACUACCCAGGUGUUCUAUCGUAUCACACCCACCAAUGAAGAUGACAACAUAUUGUUGCAUUAUGUGUUUUGGUCUUUUGGUCCAUGUAUAUCAGGAUUCAAAUAUUGCAAGCUGGUUAUCAAUAUUGAUAGGACCCAUCUAUAUGGUAAAUAUCAAGGAAAGUUGUUGGUCGCAAUGGCAACUGACGCUAACAACAAAAUAUUCCCUCUCACCUUUGUUGUUGUGGAUUGUGAUUCAAGGUCUAGUUGGAGGUGGUUUUUACAGUGCCUCAGAGAAACGAUUGGCCACGUGAUACCUGACGAAGGCAUUUGCAUAAUUUCUGACCAACAUCUCGAUAUCAAAAACGCCAUUGCAAACUGGCCUAGAGGGGAUGAUGGAAGAACAUGGGUAUUUCAUAGAUAUUGCCUUCGACAUGUUGCUAGCAACUUCAACACCCAUUUUCAGAACUUGACUCUAAAGUCAACGGCGUUGAAAGUGAGAUAUGCUAGUCAAGUAGUUAAAUUUGAUACCAUAAUGGAGUCCAUUAAGCAGGUGGAAAUUGAGGCCAUUAGGAAUAAGAAGAAGGUGACGGGGAAGGAUGGCAAGGAAAAAAAUCAAGAUUAUCUUCAAUACACAUACUUAAUGAGCGAGUCUGUGGAUAUGUGGACCUAG